GUAAUAAUUUUAAUACGUACAAAUCCUAUUAUCACCAUUACCGGUAGUGUGGUGAUGAGUGAUGAUGAGUGCGUUCAGAUUCCCAAACCACUUCGGUACUUUUCACUCCGCCCAUUCAUCCAAUCACCCAACAAUCACCCACCCGGUGAGAAAUCUGAACGCAACCAAAUAUGAGUGACGAGCGACAUCAUGAACACAUAUCUUUACAAAAUGCACGCACGACAUCGGUAGUUUUUUUCAAUUCAUUCCCAACUUCUCUCGAAUUUUCGAACUAAAUCGAACAUACUGAAAGCCGCCACGAGAGAGCAAAGAGUGCAGCAAGGUGUCCGCGCGAUGUAGUGAGAGAAAACGGGAUUUAUUGAUUGGGAGGGUAUACGUCACAACGAUGGACGACAAUGGACGCUGUGACUCGUGAACGAUCCGUCCGCGAGCGAUUGUUUAUCGUCGCCUUGUUGUCGUAAUUGUUCCAACGUCGUUAAUUCGUGCUGUUGCUAAGUCGAGAACCGUGCGUGUCGGUGCUGUGAUCGCGUCGGACAAUUCCCGAGCGUGCUUCGGUGUGAAGUGUAUCAGUGAAGGGACAAAGGGUGUCACGUAAGUGUGUGCCGAGCCCUCGGGAGGACUCGUCAAAAAAAAAAAGAAACGAAAAAAUAUUGCGAGAACUUUCGAGGAAAAGAGAAAGAAAGAGAGAGAGAGAGCAUAUAACGACAAGAAUUCUGUAUUUAGUGGUUUAAACUGCACUUUGCGACGAACUUUUCUAGAUAUAUUAAAAAUAAAAAAAAAGCGCAAAAAAAAAGAAAGAAAAAAAGAGGAGUAAGAUCCAGUAAACAGUCUCCCGACGGACUCUUGACGUGUUUGACGCAUAAAAUAAAAACGGUUGUCACGCUGUAAGAUCUGUCCAUAAGUAAACCUCUGCUUGCGAAAGGAGUGUGCAUAGAGGAUAAAUAACUAGGACGAGACGAUCCGGAUUAAAAAAAAAGUUUCUCCGUGCUUUCAGAGACUCCAUAGAACCGGCGUCCUCUGUGCGAGUUUGCUCUGUGUUACCGCAAAAAAAAAAGAAAUGUUGCCAUAAUAAUCUCAAGGACUAUUCAUAAAAAAAAUUGUAGUUUAUAUUCCGUCCAGAUUCUCCGGCCGGCCGAGCUCUUCGAAAUCGUGCCCGAGUCUGGCCAUGUGUCCCUGUCGGUUUGUGUUAGGCGUAGCCGCUUUAACAGAGAGUAUUCGGGACAGUGUGGACUUUCCGCUCGAUUCGGAAUCCCCGAACUAUCCUCGCUGUACACUAUAUAGUCCCUUGCUACCGCAUUAUUGUCGUAAGAUGUACGAGAAACGUUACAAUACGUCGUUCCUCAAGAGUUGCAAGUCUCUGCGUGGUUCAGUGAUCAUAAUAAUAAAGCCUUCCUGUCUAUACGUUGCAGGACGUCUGAACCGGUGACACCUGGGAACAGUCCGAACAUUGACCAUGGAUAGCAACACGGAUGGCGACAACCUGAAUCUCAGCUCUGGCGAGAACGACAACGGCGACGAGCUACGGAUCGCCGCGGACGAGACUUAUGACACCCGCAGUGAAGUUUCCUCUAGCAGUUCCAAUUCCGACAGCUCCACUACUCAUCCCACCAUCAGCUCAGUCUCAAGCAAAUCCUCGCGUGGUGACAAUAAACGCAGCAGGAGGAACAGGAGCAAACGAGGCAGAUCCAGGGACUCCAAGUCAUCUAGUCCCGAGCCGAAGCGGGCUAGAUCCAAGGACAGCAAAGGCACUACCAAGAACUAUGACUACACUACCAAGUUGAAUUAUUUGUUUAGAGAUGCAAGAUUUUUUAUUAUCAAGUCCAAUAAUGCUGAGAACGUGACAUUGUCUAAAGCCAAAGGAGUAUGGAGCACACUGCCGCAAAAUGAAGCAAAUCUUAAUCAAGCCUACAGGGAAUCGCGAAAUGUUUUGCUGGUAUUUUCUGUGAAGGAAUCAGGCAAGUUUGCUGGCUUUGCGAGACUUUGUACAGAAUCAAGACGAGAUGCUGGUCCAGUCUCUUGGGUUUUACCUCCUGGCUUGUCAGCAAAGGCUUUAGGUGGUGUAUUCAAAGUUGACUGGAUCUGCAGAAAAGAAUUGCCUUUUACUGCUACGUUACACUUGUACAAUCCUUGGAAUGACGGUAAACAAGUCAAGAUCGGUCGAGACGGUCAGGAAAUCGAACCCAGAGUCGCUGAAGAAUUGUGCAGAUUAUUUCCAGAAGACGAAGGAAUCGAAAUGACUCCUAUCUUGCGAAAAUCCAAGGAAGCAGGGAAACAUGUUGUAAAGUCAUCGCGUUAUCGCGACAAAAGACCUAUAGGCAGUUUUAGAUUUUUACGAAGAGGUGGACGAGGCCGCAAACUAUUCUUGACCUCGAGAUCACGUUUAGCAUCACUGGCCAGAUCUCAGGAUGUUACAGGAAAUCAUAGAAGUUCCAGGGAUCAUUCUUAUCGGUACACGCCAUGGUUUAAUCGAGGCGAUUCACCUUACACAAAAUUUUCUUUUAGGGGUUACGGAACUGGAUUGGGUGUUGCUGCGGUUGCAGAAGCUUAUGUAGCAGAUUACAUGCGUACUAUGCAACAUCAAUUGCCUCCAUUACCGCCUUAUCCACAUCCGUACGAUAAUCUGCCACCACCUCCUCCACCUCCACGAUAUUACGAUGGUCUACCAUUGCCUCCAGAUUACAACGCUACAGUAUCGGCACUAGAAAAGCGUAGCUACGAAAGGAGUGUCGAUGAAUUCCUAUGGAGGACAGCCAGUCGUCACAGUCGGCACAGCAAUCAUCGUUCUUCUCGUGAUCAUCACAGAUAUAGAGAUCGCAGAUAAAGAUCUCGACUUUAGUGUUCCCCUUGAAAAUCCGUCGGUUCCCAAAUCCUUCAUUAGUAAUGAUAGAAUUGGAGAUGGAAUUUCAUUGAUGAAAUUGAUAGAAAUUGGACUAUAACAUAUCAUUUAUGUGCAUUUCUCUUUUGAAUACUUCUAAAGAAUAACAAAAAUAUAUGAGAUAAAUAUAAU